GGAGAGUUCGGGGCCCUUGGUUGUGACAAGAUUUGGUUUUCCGCAAGGCUGCUUUCUUUUUUUUGUUUUUUGUUUUUUUUUUUCCCCCUUAUUUUUUAUUAUUAUUAUAUUUUUUAUAUAUAUAUAAUUCCCUUUUCCUGCGAGAAUAGGGUUCCCCACACGCACACACACUCCCCGCCUCCCGGGCUCGGGCCGUUGGUGUGUAGUAUAUCAGAGUAAUAAAGAGGGAGGGAGAGGCGGCCAGAGACCACCCUGCCCCGGCGACCCGGAGGAUGCUGCUGCCGUGCCGCUGCUAGAGGACACGCCGGGAUUGAGCUCGUCUCCGAGACUCUCUCUCCCCUCUUCCUUCUCCGCAGAGGGGUCCCGGACGGGGGUGAGGCCCUUCCACCCUCCUCCUCCUCCUCCCUUUCCUCUCCUCCCCGGCCGCGGGAAGCCCCUCUCCAUGAUGCAGGCUCGCUACUCCGUCUCGGACCCCAACGCUUUGGGAGUGGUGCCGUAUUUAAGCGAGCAGAACUAUUACCGGACGGCGGGGACGUACGGCGGCAUGGGCAACCCCAUGAGCGUCUACUCGGGCCACGCCGAGCAGUACGCGGCGGGGAUGGGGCGCUCCUACGGCCCCUACCACCCCCACCAACCCGCCGCCCCCAAGGACCUGGUGAAGCCACCUUACAGCUACAUCGCCCUCAUCACCAUGGCCAUCCAGAACGCCCCCGACAAGAAGAUCACGCUCAAUGGGAUUUACCAGUUCAUCAUGGACCGCUUCCCUUUCUACCGCGAGAACAAGCAGGGCUGGCAGAACAGCAUCCGCCACAACCUCUCCCUCAACGAGUGCUUCGUCAAGGUGCCCCGCGACGACAAGAAGCCGGGCAAGGGCAGCUACUGGACCCUGGACCCCGACUCCUACAACAUGUUCGAGAACGGCAGCUUCCUGCGCCGCCGGAGACGCUUCAAGAAGAAGGAUGUCUCCAAGGAGAAGGAGGAGGCCCGGGAACGGCUGCUGAAGGAGCAGCCCAAGCCCCCCGGGCUGCCCGGCGCCGACCUCCCCAAGGAAGCCUCCUCCUCCUCUUCCUCCUCCUCCGCCUCGGCGCCGGCCUCCGAGAAGAAGGUGGUGAUCAAGAGCGAGACGGCGUCUCCCGAGCUGCCGGUGAUCACCAAGGUGGAGACGCUGAGCCCGGCCAGCGGCGGGGCCCUGCGGGACAGCCCCCGCAGCGCCGCCUCGCCCCCCGCCGCCGCCUCCCCCGAGGGCUCGCUGCCCGAGCAUCACCCCGCCGGUAACGGGCUACCGGGCUUCAGCGUGGAGAGCAUCAUGACCCUGCGGACUUCCCCCGCGGGGGAUCUCAGCCCGGUGAGUGCCGCCUCGGGCAGGACGGGCGCCGGGAUGCCGCUGGGCUACCCGGCGGGGCAACCGUCGGGCUACAGCGCGGCGUGCAGCCAGGCCCUGGACACUAGUGGGAGCUACCACUGCAGCAUGCGGGCCAUGAGCCUCUACAGCGGCGAGAGGCCGGGCCACAUGUGCGUGCCCCCCGCACCGCUGGAGGAGGGUCUGGCCGAGCAUCCCACCGGUGCCCCAUCGCCCCUCGGCACCCUGAGCCUGCCCUCGGGGCAGGAGGGCGGGCUGGGGAGCGGGCAUCACCCCCACGGCGGCGGCGGAGGGGCGGCGGGGGGGCAACCCACCGCUUCCUGGUACCUCAACCACGGGGCUGAGCUGAGCCACCUGCCCGGCCACACUUUUGGCUCCCAACAGCAGACUUUUCCCAACGUCCGGGAAAUGUUCACCUCGCACCGGCUGGGGAUGGAGAGCGCCUCGCUCAGCGACCACCAGGUGACUUCAGCCCGGCGGGGGCAGAGGAGGAGGAAGAAAGGAAGGAAGGAAGGAAGGAGGAAGGCCCGGGGUAGCUGCUGCAGACAGCCGCGGCCGGAUCGGGCCCCGCAGACCCUCGCAGCUGAAGGCCCAGCAUAAACCCCCCCUGUAGCAGAUCAGGAGGGCCAAGCUCGGCCCCAGGGGGGGCCGGCUGAAGCUGCUGCAUGCCCCGUUGCGCCGGGACGGGGCCCAGCGCUGUUCCGGGCAGUGGAUGAGCCCAGACGCCUCAGGGUUUCGGGAGGGGAAAGGACAGCGGUUUUCCAGCUCGUUCCCGCCGGGAAGGUCCCUGCGUGAGAUAUCCUCGCAGCCCGGCCGAGGGAGCGUUUCCCUGGUGCUUCGGGACACGGGUAAAACACAAUCCCUUUAGGGCUUUAGGAAGCCCCCCAGGUCUCUGCACAACCCAGGCACGGAGCUGUCUGGUCCCCCCCCACGCCGUCCCACCUCCCCUGGAGCUCCGCAACGCGCCGUGGGAAGGCGCCGCACAGGAGGUUUUUGGGGAAGGCCGAUAGCUCUUCUGUCACUUGGGAGGGGACUUUACAGAAAGUUCAUACCAGGCGCUGAAAGGCCGGGAGAGAAAGAAAUAUACCCCAAACCUCGGGUCAGUAUCGAGCGACCUCGCAGCUGUACAGCGCCAUGCACGGCGAGGGGGCGAGAGGUGGGCAGCUCCCGCCGGGCCCCUCCGGGGGGUCGUGUCUAAGGCGACCCAGGCCGGGCUGAGACGGGAGUGGGGAGCACAGAUUUACACCCCCGUUCCCCCCGGGCCGGCGUGUAGCAAAGAGUGGGGAGCACCAGUUUAUAUCCCCGCUCCCGCUGGGCCGGGAUGAAGCAGAAGCGGGGAGCAGGGAUUUACACCUCUGUUUCCCCCGGGCCGGGAUGCAGGAAGAAGUGGGGUGCACUGCUUUACACCCCUGCUCCCUCCCCGGCCCGGGAUGCAGCAAGGUGCGGGGAGCACUGAUUUACAUCCCUGCUCCCUCACGGUCGGGGGGUGCAGCAAGGCGUGGGGAGCACCGAUUCGUGCCCUGCUCCCUCCGCGGGACGGGAUGCAGCAGAAGUGGGGAGCACUGAUUUACAC